UUAUUACAAUUUUAUUUGAGUAACGAGUAAAGUAACUUUAUUACAUUUAUCUCUAAGUAACGAGUAACGUAACGUAAUUACUUUUUAAAAGUAACUUACCCAACACUGAUUAUUGGUCAGAGUGCAUAUUUAAAAGAGAGCUGGAGUGUUUUCUAAUAAUGCAGUCCUUUUUGGAGGAAAACGAAUUGCAAGCUCCCGUUAGCAUUAUUAACGAGAUUUCUGAACAUCUCAAACAACUGAAAAAUUCAUUUAAUAAAUAUUUUCCUACAGAUCGAGAGGUGUUUUUAAAAGACCGUGAAUGGGUAGUUAAUCCCUUUUCAGUCUGUGGAAAACCCUCAAGAUUGUCUUCAAUCGAAUAUGAGAGUUUGAUCGAUAUUACUUCAGAUUCAAUAUUUCAAUCCACCUUCAGUAGCAAUUCUUAUGUUGAAUUUUGGCUAAAUUUGAAAAAUACAAGUUUUGAUAAUUUGAGUCAAAAAGCAAUAACAAUACUCUUACCUUUUGCAACCACAUAUUUAUGUGAGACAGGAUUUUCAGCCUAUGCGGCUACUAAAACCAAAUACCGGAACCGUCUUAAUGUAGAACCUGACCUUCGUAUCCAACUGUCAAAAAUUGAACCAGAUAUUGCCAAACUUUCAAAAAAUAAGCAGACACAAAACUCUCAUUAAUUUUUAACUUUUAAAGCAGUAUUUUUUUUCUUUAUUUUCAACCAUAAUAUUGUAAUUUGUUUUUAAUAUGUACAAUAAAAUUAUUUAAAUCGGUCAACAAUCGGUGAACAAGUGUUCAUUUUUAUCAUGUUUUUCAUAAUAUUCACAGAGGGGCACCUAACUAAAUUUGGAACAACAAAAGGGCACCGCCGACUAAAAAGGUUGGGAACCGCUGCAUUAAGUGAAUAAACAUGCGUACGGUUAUCACUAGAAUGAUUCGAGACUGAAUAGGAUACUAAAAUGGAUGGCGAUAUCGAGAUCCACCAACAUUCCCAUUAAAGUAUAGGUAUAUAAAUCAUACCUAAUAAUAAAAAUAAAACAAUUUUACAUAAAAAACAACUAAAUAAGCAUUUAAUUUUAUUUUUUGAGGAAAACAUUUUUUUUCACAAUUAUUUAGUUUUUAUUUAGGUUAGUUGUACUUGUAGCUCCUAAACUUGAAAUAGGUAGUUACAAAUAAUAACUUGGGUACCAAUACAUUUUUUUUACAUAUCAUAGAUCUGACGUUUACUACUCAUAAGCGAACUGUUUGAAAAUUUGUUCCGCAUAGCUUGGAUAUAAAAAAGAACCGCUGUGAUGUAUACCGUUGUAUACUUACCAGCAGCAACCUUCUUACAAAUUAUAAUUUUUCAUACAAGAGUUGCGUCUCAUGUAAUUACCUAAUACUUUCACAGAACAAUGAAAGGAUUUUGAAAUUUUUCUGAAAUAGCUGGGGCUGUUGCUGCCUCCCUGUCCCUGGGUAUGCCACUUAAUUACCUCGUACCUACAACAAUAUACGAAGGUACGUAUCAUUAUUAUAUUCAAGGCUGGGCAGUAUCUUAGCUACUAGUAUUUAAGAUACGUAUCUUAGAUACAAUUGUAUCUUGUAUCUUGUAUCGAGAUACAUCAUUUGAAUGUAUCUUGUAUCGGGUAUUUAAAUAUUUUAUUGACUUGUAUCUAGUAUCUUUUUUAUGAUUAAGAUACUACAUACAUUCAAAAAAUAUGUUUCAAAUUUCAUUAAUAUAACAAUUUUCCUAAUUGCCCAAUAAGUAAUAAUAUGUUAGAUAAUAAUAUAUUAGAUUAAACUGAUUAAAGCAACUUUGGUGUCCUUUAUAUUUGUCCAUUAAUAUUAUCCUCGUUUGUCUAAUAGAUUUGAUUCUUUUUUAAUUUAACACUUGAAGCUAAUCAUGCUAUCUUAGCUACAUGUUUUCACCCUACAUUUAAAUUACGUUGGCUCCCAGAAAUAACAACCGAUCGAAAGAAAAAUAGAAUUCAAAAUGUAUGUAUUAAUGAAAUUGAUUGUAGUUCAAAACAAAGUAGUACUCAUUGGUAGAGGAGCUUCAAGGUACUCUUCAACAAUUUUUAGUUGGGAAUGGCUGGGUUGGAUGUCACGGGGAGAAAAAGAGUUUCCCAGGUGUUGUGCUAAAAUAUUUGCUUUGUCAGUGUCGGUAAUAACCCAUGAGUUGUCUUAAUUUCUUAAAGGGGGGGGGGGUAGGUUGAUUUAGGCGGAGUAGAGAUUUGGUCGCUUUCCAAAGAGAUGAGUUUUUUGUGGUUAGUGAUUCUACAUAAUUAUUGUAGGAUUGAUUUCUGUCGAGUUGGAUAGCCUUUUUUAUUUCAUUAUUCAAUUAAUUUGUUAAGUUUUACCUUGUCAUUUGGGUACUUGAAUGUUUGCCAUUUAUUAGAACGGUUAUACCAUACAGGGUUUUUAGAGUUGAAAUCACUACCAGAGAUAAAACGAUGAUACGUUUUAUAAUACGUUUUGGAAUUUAAAAACAUUUGUGUAGGACUGGAAAUGAUGAUGUGACCCGUUGGUUUCAGCACAGAUUAGUAGGUAUUAUAGUUGGGAACUUGGGCUUAGUGAUGGUUAAGUUAAACGUGCAUUGAGUGAAGCCUAGUUAAUUUAUUUUAGUCUUUUUUACAUUACUGAUAAUUAAAAUUUCUAUAUUUCCUACUGAAAUAAGUAGAUAUUAUUGUUAUCAAAUAUUAAUAUUAAAAAAUAACUUUUUCAAGAGACUCAUUAUA